GCAGCGAGGGGGCAGUUCUCUAUAACGCGGUCUCCGGAGCCAGCGGGGAAGAAAGGAGCCGAGCGGGCGGAAGGCGCCCUCCCUGCCGCCUGGGCCCCGCACCGGGUGCCGGGCCAGGUCCUUCCCGCCUCCCUCCAUCUCCGGCCGCUUUGUUGGCCCCGCCCCGGGCCCUCCGGGCCGCUCGAGAGGGGGCGCUGGUCCGCGGCGCGCUGCGAAGGCGGCGGCAGGAAGCGCGCUGGCCGCGCGAGGACCGCGGGGACCCAGGAGUUCGGCCGCCGCCGGUGCCGCGUGACGAGGUCCAGGAGGGGACAGGGCCCGGGGCGCCAGCGAGCCAAGGCCUCCCCGUCGAGGGAGGCGAUGUCCCCCUCGCCCGUGGGCUCAGCGCGCAGCCGGGGCACCGCGCCGCUGGGCCCCCGGCCUCGGCGCCGGGCGCCGCUAUGGAGACUCUGUGCCCCGCCCCGCGCCUGGCGGUGCCGUCGUCCCCGCGGGGGUCGCCGUGCGCCCCCUCGCCCCAGAAGUCGCGCCGGGGGACCCAGGAGUUCUCGCCGCUGUGCCUGCGCGCGCUGGCCUUCUGCGCCCUCGCCAAGCCGCGGGCGCCCUCGCGGGGCCUGGGUCCCCGCGCCUCCCUGUCCCCUGGCGGCGGCGACCCGGACGGCCUGAAGCAGCCCGGGCAGCCCCACGCUCCGAGCCCCGCGGCCCGCGGGGAUGCGGACGCCGCCCCGCUCCCUGGCCACGAGCGAGAGGAAGAGGGCGGAGGCACCCGCGCACCUCCGGGCCUCUGCCCGGAGACCCGGCCUCCCCAGGAGGCUCCGCCCGCGCCGGCCCUGGGCCUCGAGUCCCAGCCGCGGCCCGCCGCCAGCCCGCCGCCACCUGCGGGUCCCUCACCGUCGCCGCCGGAGCAGGACGGACGACCCCCGCCCGAGACACCCGCCGGGGAACCUUCGACGACUGCGCCCGGCGACCUCCGCCAGGAGCACUUCGAUCGCCUGAUCCGCCGCUCCAAACUCUGGUGCUACGCGAAAGGCUUCGCCUUGGACACGCCAAGCCUGCGCCGCGGCCCCGAGCGUCCGCCCGCGAAGGCCCCGGCCAAGGGCGCCACCAAGAAGCGCCGCCGGCCCGCGCCUGUCCCGCGCCCGCCGGUCCCGGCCCGCGCGCCGCCCCGCCGCCCGGUGCCUGCGCUCCCCGCCGCCGGCACCUUCAGCCUGCUCAGCUGCUUCCCCUGCACGCCUGCCCUGGUGGUGGGUGACGACGGGGACCUGCGGCCCGCUGCCUCGCUGCGCCUGCAAGGCGACGCCCGGCCCCCGCCCGCCCACCCCGUGUGGCAGUGGCAGGUAGGGGGCCCCGCGGUCCCCGAGCCCCCCGGUUGUAAGUUCUGGGCGGCCAACCUGGAAGAACUCUGAGCGCGGGACACACUGCUGCUGCGGAGGACAGAUGGGGACGCCCGGCUCGAGGACACCCCGGCUUCUCACUUCUGCCUGUUCUUGACACUGUCUGGGCCGUGGGCAUUGGGACUCCGGUGACUGAUCUGCGAGCCGGAGGAGCCGAGGGCUGCAGUCGGGGGACAGCGGAGUGACCCGAGUUCCUGCUCUCCUCCCCCCACCCCGGCGCUCUGGGGGUAGCAAAGGAGGCCGCCGAAAACCCCAAAAGGAGCUGGAGAGACCUUGGUGAUGGACAAACCGGUUGUUUCUACGUCCCGGGGCGAGCCUUGGGGGUGGGGGCCGCCGAGGGGGGAGUGUGAUUGGCAGCUCCCUGGGGGGCCCCACCCCGCCCCCACCACCGAACCUUUAACCCCUGGCUGCCCGAAGGCCUUAGAACCAGCAUCUCCGAGCCCUGCUGGGGGAAGGGCCAGAUCACCCCCUCCUGGUUCCUUCUAGGGCCCCCCAAGUUCAGGUGACCCGAUUGCUGAGACCUUCAGUCUCACCCACCACGAGCCUUUCCUUUUUGAUCGGUUUUGGAGCCCUCCCCCCAGUUUUCCGUUUGCUUUCAGUUCUUUAGGUUUGAUGGGUGGACGAGAAACUCCCACCUUCAUCAUCCUCUCCCUCCCCCAGGUCGCACCGCACUGAGGGGCAGGGCCUAGGGACCCAUCACUUCCCCCCCCGCAGACUGCCUGGGCACAGGGACGGAGACUGUCCCAGGGAAAGUAGUAGAAGGUGGAAGAAAUCAAUAAAAUCAGACCAAACGAGUCGCCCCUGACUAGUGGAGGGGAUGUAGUAGAGGGCAGGCCUGAGUCCUUUGGACACCAGACUCGGUCCCCUUAAGGGUGGUGACAAACCAGCUGCUGCCUGCAGAAGGGUCAGUGAGAGGGUCGCCUAACUACCUGGCUGUCCUGGAGUUUGGGGUGGCUGUUGGGGUGUGGGUGCGGCCUGCCCCUCAGCCCCCUUCCUGAGAGCCCAGCGGUCGGGCUGUCAGGGCCUGAUGGAUCCUAGGCGGUGAGGGGAUUAGGCUCAGGGUCAGAGGUCUUGGUUUCCAGGCCCGGAGAGCUGGGCCUGGGCCACGCCUGGCCAGGAGGGUCCCCUGAGUCCCCGUGGGGCGACCACUUUCUCUGCACCUGGGGGAUCGGGUUGCCCACCGCGUGAGAGCCCCGUGACCCCCUGACCCGCACUGCACUAGGAACUGCACCCCUCUGGCCCUGAGAUGGGGCGAGGGAGGGAUUGUCCGUCCCCACGUUCGACCCUGGGGAAGGGCUUGUUUCCUUUUCUGUGAAAAUGCUUUGUAAAAAGUUGUUAUUGUUUGCAUAGAGCAGAUUCUUGAAAAACUGUUUUGCACCACAAAA